UUGGACACCAAUCUGAAAUGCACACUCCUUCAAGGUUUGACAAAGGAUUGCCAUUGCCUCAUCAACAAAACCAUUUCCCUCUAUAGAGUAUAAACGCGGACAAUGCAAAUUCAUAAUUAAAGUGAAGACGCGGAAUUAGCUAGAAAGAAAUCUUUGUAAUCAAGAUUAUACAGAAAUAAAAGACAAACAGAUAACGCUGUUAUAAAUCAAGAUGAGUGGUGAGGAAGAUACAAAAAGAAAGAAGAGAAUCGUCAUAAUAUGCACCUCAAGCUUUUUACUAGUGGCUAUGGUGGUUGCUGUGACCGUUGGCGUGAAUAAUAGCGAUGGUGUCAACGGCCAAAGUCGCAUAAGUUCAACCCAGAAAGCCGUGAAAACCUUUUGUAGUCCAACAAGUUUUAAAAAAGAUUGCGAGGAAAAUCUAUUGGCAGAAGUAGGCAGCACAACAGACUCAAAAGAACUCAUGAAAUUGGCUUUCAAUAUCACCGUUGCGAAGAUCAGAAAAGGAAUUGAGAAAACAGGUCUCUUGGAAGAUGUUGAGAAGGAACCUAGGGCAAAAAUGGCUCUUGAUACAUGCAAGAAGCUAAUGGAUCUUUCUAUCGGAGAACUCCAAAGGUCAAUCGAGGGAAUAACAAGUUUUAAUAUCAACAAUCUAGAAAGCAUUCUCGUGAGUUUAAGAGUUUGGUUAACCGGUGCAAUGACAUAUCAAGAAACAUGUUUAGAUGGUUUUGCGAACAUCACUAGUGAAGCUGGUACGAAGAUGAAACACAUUUUAAGACUUUCGAAGCGUAUGAGUAGUAAUGCACUUGACGUUGUUACGGACUUGGAAAACGCUGUGAAGGAUAUUAAUGUAACAAAAGAUGAACGUCGUCUGUUUGAAGAUUAUAAAAGCUCCUACGUUGGCGAACAAGUUGGUCAUGAUGAUGUUAACGAGGUUCCUUCUUGGGUUGGUGAUGGUUCGAGUGCUGGUGUUCGUAGACUCCUUCAAGUUGCUCAAAAUAAACUCAAGGCGAAUGUGGUUGUGGCUCAAGAUGGUAGUGGAAAGUUUAGGACUAUCAAUGAAGCUUUGAAGCUAGUGCCAGUAAAUGGCCAAAAACCUUUUGUUAUUUAUAUCAAGCAAGGUGUUUAUCGCGAGUAUGUUGACAUUACCAUACUAAUGACUAAUGUUGUGCUCGUUGGUGAUGGUGAUACGAAAACAAUAAUUAGUGGCAACAAAAACAUGGCAGAUGGAAUUGCAACUUAUGCAACCCCUACUCUUGCUGUUGGAGCAGAUUAUUUUGUUGCAAUGAGCAUAGGAAUUGAGAAUACAGCAGGACUCCUAAAACAACAAGCUUGCGCCUUAAGAGUCCAAGGCGACAAGGCAAUUUUUUACCAAUGUUCAAUACACGGAUAUCAAGACACAUUAUAUGCACACACUAUGCGUCAGUUUUAUCGCGAUUGUACGGUUUCAGGCACGAUUGAUUUUGUGUUUGGCAACGCGCAAGCCGUUUUCCAGAACUGCACAUUCAUAGUUAGAAAACCACUAGAUAUGCAACAAUGCAUUAUAGUUGCACAAUCCAGAACAGAGGAAAACCAACCAUCAGGAAUAGUAAUUCAAGGUAGCCGCAUUGUCUCUGAUCCUCCAGAUGCUCCAGCCACCUACAAAGCUUAUCUCGGCCGUCCGUGGAAGAAUUUCGCGAGGACUAUUGUCAUGGAUACUUACAUUGGAGAGGUGAUUCAGCCUGAGGGGUUUAUGCCAUGGGAAGAACCGGAUAAACGACUUACUGGAAUGGACACUUGUUAUUAUGCUGAGGUUAAUAAUACUGGUCCUGGUUCUGAUAAAUCAAAGCGCGUAAAAUGGCCUGGGAUUAAGAACCUUACACCUGAAUCUGCACAUGCUUUCGAUCCAGGUUUGUUCUUUCAGGGAGAUGAUUGGAUUAAGAAUACUAAAAUUCCAUACUCUUCUGGCAGCAUGGCAGCCCCAAAACCAAAGCAGCCAACCCCACAGAAGUCAACCCCCCAGAAGGCCCAGCCGCCAACCCCACAGCAGACAACCCCCCAGAAGACCCAGCCGCCAACCCCACAGCAGACAACCCCCCAGAAGACCCAGCCACCAACCCAACAGCAGACAACCCCCCAGAAGACCCAGCCGCCAACCCAACAACAGCCAUUCUUUCCAAACCCAAAGUUUUAAAUAAAUGAUUUUCAGGAGGUGCAAAUGCCAAUAUUUGUACAUAUAGUUUUCAUAUUUACUAGAUUACAUAGUAUGAAAUUGCUACAUUUCAUGUUAUAGAUGAUUAUGGGCAAUUUCUGAAUCCAUAAAUUCAAUGAUAAUUUCUCAAACUGCCCCAUCAUGUUACAACCACACUUUUGUAGUGUAUUUAACCUAUUUUAGCAAUAUAGGAGGGAGAAUUGAGAAAUUAUCAAUUCAUAAUUGAUGUAGAUUUUGACGUUUUAUUUUCAAGUGGCUUGAUAAUAAUCCUAUUUUAUGUUACAA